CGCUCAACGGCUUUCUCCCCUACAUACCUUUAGCCGUGAUAAUUUUCCGGUAGUAUUGUGAAUUAUAAUCCUAUCCCAUCAUUUUGUUCCAGUGUCGUGAGUCAAGCGUAUCGUUGGUUAUCUCGUCUUCCUCGCCUGCAAUUUGACCUUCUCUUGACCUUUCAUCGAUACCUCCCACAAUGGCAACUGCAGAGAAGCAGAAACAAGAACAACCUGCUAUUCCACCGGACGAAUACUCGGAUGGCGAUUACGACACCGAUGACUAUUCACUUUCCGAAGAUGAGCAAGAUCAGGCACCUCAGCGGCCGAAUCAGCAACAAUCUCAACGACGCCAACAACAGCAGCGUAGACGUCAGGUGGACGAAAAUGGUGAUGAGAGCGACUUAUUUUCCGACGAAUAUGAUUCAGAGUAUGAUGAGGAUGAUGACUUCGACAAUGCGGGUCAAGGAAACGCCAUGCAGCCAUAUCAGCGCGGCACCCAGUCAUUGACGAACAACAUCAUCUCGAAUGGAGCUAUGACGGACGCUCCAGGACAAGGGAAAGGCGACGAGGAACAGGAAGGCCUCAAGCUGAAACUGGAACUGAAUCUUGACAUCGAAGUAGAACUCAAAGCCCACAUUCACGGUGAUUUGACAUUGUCUUUACUGACCUAACGACUGCAGUGCAUGAUUGGGGGAAAUGUUGCUUUCGCCUCAUACAAAAACCUUCGAUUGUUUCGUUCAGAACGAUGGACAUGUCUAACGUGACGUUUAUGAAAAUUUUCCUAGCUGGAAGACCAAUCGUUUCUGCAUGUUUCCUGUCUUGUCUGAUAGAGUUCCACGCUCAGUUUAAUGUCUUUUGGUGCAUACGUACUAUACUCCACCUGCUGGUAUG